UGCCCGUGUUUCAAUAGAAUAUUAACAUGAUACUGUAAACCACUGCAGCCGCAAACGAGGAGCAGACGCUGUAAAUCGCGCUUAAAUUUCAUCUAGACGCUUACAAAACCCCGUCUUUAUAUUGUAUCCUCUGCACGCCCUGUUCUGGCUCCUCUAGAUCGUGUAACCCCAGCUUCUCACAAAUAACUCAAAUCACAUACGAGUCUUCUCCCCUGAAACGCUCUUGUAUAACAGAGAACUGAAUUCAUUCCUUGGAUUCUUUGGUGCGAAAUGUGAAAGCUAAGCACCGUUUGAGAAACGACAUUCGAAAAAAUAAACAAGGAAUUCCCUCGUCCUUUUCACUGUGUUAUUUUCACCAGAAAUUUAAUCAACUAAAAACGGAACUAUUCUGUUUUCUUCAAUAUACCCUUUUCAUUUACCAUUCUUUGCUUUUCCUUACGUAUCCUUGUGCCUGCCUGCACAUGGUUUUCUAGCCUUCCCCAUUCACCAUUUAACAUCAAAAAAUACUCCCGCCAAGGAUUUGUAGUCCAGUCAACAAAAGCCCAUUUGUGUUUUAGCCGUGAAUAUUCUGUGAUUAGUUUGGAAUGCCUCGCGAGCCCGCUACUCUUGAUUCCACACCUACUGAUAUUAUUUCUGCUUAGGCUCAUUUGGUGAUUGACCCGCUUAUUGGGGAGUCACUAGUAACAAAGAGAAAAUCAGAAGCUCAUGUAUGAAAUUUGGACAAAAUUCAAGAAGGAUUUUUUCUUAAGCCUGCAUUUUUCCGGACCAUAAACAACUCAUGAAAACGAUGGUAUUUUUAUGAACGACAAUCGACAUCCAAUUCCUUGACAACAACGAUAUGAGGGGCUAGUCCUUGAGGGUUGAGUGGAGGAUUUGGCGUCGUGAAAGGUGUCUGCUAGUACAAAUCCUUUGUGGGAAUAUGAGAAAAUCACAAAAUAUAGCACCCAAUACUGAUAAAAUUGUGACUACGACAUUUCCUUGAGCGCUCACUUUGAAUCAUUCUGGGGCACGUCAGGGAUUGGAGAUUGAAAAAAGGUAAAAAUCCUUUGUUGGUGUUGGGAAAAAGUCAAGUUGCAAGACAGCUCCCUGUCAUAAAAAGUUUUUCGGAAUACUAGUGAAAUAUAUAUUAACGUUUUAAUACUAUUGUGAGCAUGUCUAUAACAUGCAUGAAUUUACAUUCACGGCUAGCUUCACGCUACACACAUAUUCACGCCUGGGAAGGAGUGAGACAAAAAGGCUUCAAUAAGUGUGCUUAUUUCAGGAGGAUUUCAGUUCGAACCGCUCCAAGAGCAACAGGAAACAUGGAGGUGGAAGUUUCUAAAGUUAGGAGCAUGGACUUCACAAUGACACAACCAGAUGAUUGGCACCUUCAUCUUCGAGAUGGUGACCUCCUUGAAUCUGUUAUUGCUCACAGUGCAACUAUAUUUGGGCGGGCUAUUGUGAUGCCAAACUUGAAGCCUCCUAUAACCACUGUGGCUGAUGCUGUUUCUUAUCGGGAAAGGAUAUUAAAGGCUUUACCAUCUGAUAGCAAGUUCACUCCCCUCAUGACGCUCUACCUCACUGAUAACACAAAUCACAAUGAGAUUAGACUUGCAAGGGAGAGUGGAGUGGUUGUUGGAGUGAAGUUAUACCCUGCAGGGGCAACUACAAACUCAGAGGAUGGUGUGACAGACCUUUUUGGAAAAUGCAUGCCUAUUCUUAAGGAAAUGAUGGAAUGUGGAUUGCCAUUGCUGGUUCAUGGAGAGGUCACAGAUCCAAAUGUUGAUGUCUUUGAUCGGGAAAAGGUCUUUAUUGAGAAUAUAUUAAAACCAUUGGUCAAUAAAUUACCACUUCUUAAAAUUGUUAUGGAGCACAUCACAACGAUUGAUGCUGUAAACUUUGUAAAAUCAUCUGUAGAAGGUCUUGUGGCUGCAACAGUGACACCGCAGCAUCUUCUUUUGAAUAGAAAUGCUUUAUUUCAGGGUGGACUACAGCCACAUAACUAUUGCCUUCCUGUCCUUAAACGAGAGAUUCAUAGACAAGCAAUUGUUUCUGCCGUUACAAGUGGAAGUAAGCAAUUCUUUCUAGGCACUGACAGUGCUCCUCAUGAGAGGCACCAGAAAGAACGCUCUUGUGGAUGUGCUGGUAUAUACAGUGCCCCAGUUGCCUUGCCUCUCUACGCAAAGGUUUUUGAAGAGGCAGGAGCACUUGAAAAUUUUGAGGCAUUUGCAAGUUUUAAUGGACCUGAUUUCUAUGGCCUCCCUCGUAACGCAUCUAAGAUCACCAUGCAGAAGGUCUCUUGGCGAGUACCAGAGGAAUAUAAUUUCAGUUUUGGGUCAAUUGUUCCGAUGUUCAGUGAUCAGAUAUUGGAGUGGUGUGUGGUUGAUUAAACACGUCAGCAAAUUCCUUAUAUACUUCUUGUAUCUCAUUUGGCAUGUGGUGAACCGUGAAAUAGAUAUUGAUGUAAUUUAAGACCCAUUUUGGAACCAGUAGAAGUAUUGAGGUAUAUCUGAAAUAUUCACUUGUUUGUACUUAUAAUUAAUUAGAAGUAGAAUUAGACUAUUGUCCUAGUUCAUAAUUUAUAAAAAAGGGUGAUGUGUUUAUUAGUUGAGAUCUGCUCAUUAAAGUGUAAGGAGCAAAAACACGUUUGCUUCUUACCAGAACACAGACUGAAUUACCCGGACAAGGCUUGAACUGUUAACUGAAUUAUGUACUGGAAUAUUAAAAUUGACAAAUAACCACAAUUGCUGUAUGCUCCAACUGA